AUGGCCCCACCAGUAGAUGCGACGACGAGGAAGAGGGUGCUCAAGGUCAUCUUCAUAUCUCUUCUCCUGGACUUGAUCUCCUUCACUUUCAUUCUCCCUCUAUUCCCCCAACUGCUCGAAUUCUACCGCAACAUCGAAGCGCCCACAGAUGCGUCCGAGACGAGACCUCCGACUUUACUUGCCCACGUCCUGGGAUACCUCAACGCCUACAAGGCUGCAUUCGCGCGGCCAAUCGACUCUAGAUAUGACAUAGUGCUGCUAGGCGGAGCUCUAGGAAGCUUAUUCUCCCUCCUCCAGGCGAUUGCUUCUCCGAUCAUUGGCCACCUCUCCGACAAAUACGGUCGCCGAACGGCACUGCUCGCCAGCAUGAUGGGCAACAUCCUCUCCGUCCUGUUGUGGGUCAUGGCGGUCGACUUCCGGACCUUCUUGCUCUCGCGCAUUGUCGGCGGACUCUCCGAGGGAAAUGUACAGCUCGCAACGGCGAUCGCGACCGAUAUCUCUGACGCCUCGAGCCGCGGCUCAACUAUGGCCCUGAUUGGCGCAUGUUUCUCGAUCGCAUUCACAUUCGGCCCCGCGCUGGGCGCAUGGCUGAGCUCCAUUGGGACGGUGGCUGCCAAUCCUUUCGCGACUGCAGCGGGCUUUUCGCUGUUCCUGAUUGUUACAGAGACUGCAUAUUUGUAUUUCACGCUUCCAGAGACCCUGCCAUCGAUUACCGGUGCUGCGAACGGCAAGAUCGAGAAGAAGGAUACGGCAGGGAAGGCGGCACCCAUUCAGCGCACGAACUCGCAUUUUCUUCUGAACUCGGUCCAUUUUGCCUUCCUCCUCUUCUUCUCAGGGAUGGAGUUCUCCCUGCCAUUUAUGACGUAUGACCUGUUUGAGUACACAUCUGCGAAGAAUGGUCGGCUCCUGGGCUUCGUCGGAUUGGUGGCAUCACUGCUUCAGGGCGGUGUCGUAAGGAGACUGCCUCCCCUGCUCUCAGUGAAGAUGGGAGUUGUUGCUUGCUUAAUCGCUUUCAUCCUUCUCGGGCGCAUCACGUCAGUAGGCGGCUUGUAUCUAGCUGCGACAUGCCUAGCGACCACUUCCGCAACCGUGGUGACCGGGUUGAACGCCCUUAGCAGUUUCGAGGCGAGCGAGGAUGAUCGUGGAGGGAAAUUGGGCAUUCUUCGAAGCUGGGGCCAGCUUGGCAGAGGCUUGGGCCCGAUUCUGUUCACCAGUGUGUAUUGGUGGGCAGGCAGAGAGGUCGCUUAUGGAUUGGGGUCGUUAGGCAUUGCAGCUGUGACGGCUGUGGUGUUUGCUGGGGUGAAGUCUCCCCCGGGGUCAGAGCGGGUGAGGUCGAAGGUGGCUAAGGACGAGAAGAAGGAAUUGUAG